AUGUUUGCAGUGUGCCAGCAAGACAUCCCCCUGAACGCUCCGUUCCAUGAGGGCAAGCGGGACCCCACGCUGGGCACGGCCUUCCUCGCUGAACGGGAGCUCAGGCAGGACAAGAAUUUCAACUUUGUGGCAGAAGGGUAUGACAGCAACGAGAACUGGAGCCAGGCGGUGGUUGGGACCCGGAUGGAGGGGGACUCCGGCCAGAUAGAAAACACGACAAAUCCAGCCGAUAAUCUGGUGUUAUUAGUGCAGAGACAGACAGCUCAGGGCAGGCUUAGGGACGCUGCCCGGGGGCUGAAGUCAGACGAGCUGGGCCUCUCUGAGGAGGAUGUGCGCAGCCCCCCCAAGCGAGCCGAGCUCAGCGGUGCCGAGAAGGAGAAAGCGGCUACCGAGGACACGGCCAAAGAGUGUGGCAAAUUGGCUGGCUCCCCCUUAGAGGACAAUGGCUAUGCCAGCAGCUCCCUCAGCAUCGACAGCCCCGACAGUAGCACCGGCAAUGCCUGGGAGGCACCCGCUGCUGCCACCAAAGACCUGAGGAACCAGCCAGCGCCUCAGGGGCCCGACGCUGAUCCCGAAAACUCCUCCGACUCAGACACUGUCUUCCCGGUGCUGGCCGAGGCCUUCCAGAACCUCCAGGACAAGAUGAGAUUCAAGGAGCGGGAGAAGGAGAAACACCACAUCCACCUGGUGAUGUAUCGGCGCCUGGCCCUGCUGCGCUGGAUCCGCGGCCUCCAGCAGAAAGUGGUGGACCAGCAGAACCGGCUGCAGGAGAGCUUCGACACCAUCCUGGACAACCGCAAAGAGCUCCUCCGGUACAUCCAGCAGGGCGUGGUGUGCCCCAAAGCACCGGCUCACGCUGGCCUGUGA